AUGUCAAAUGAUCCACUGGUGUAUGAGUUUGUGUGCAAGCUAUCAGAGUUGCCACCAGGAUCCAAGAAAUGCAUCGAAUUAUCAAUCACACAUCGUAAUGUCAUGAUACUUAACCUACAGGGAAAAGUUUUUUGCAUGGAUCAAGCCUGCUAUCACCACGGUGGCCCUUUAUUCAAUGGAGACAUUGAAGAAAUAGACAGCAAAAUGAUCGUCAAGUGUCCGUGGCACGCUUACCAUAUUGUCGUAGAGACAGGAGAAGGAAUAUAUAAAGGUGUGAACAUGACCAUGACCUCAUCUGGAAAAUUGCAGCCGUCAUCGCCCAAACUUAAGUCUAAGGGUGUUAAGCAACGCACACACUUAGUAGAGCUGCGCAACGGUGGACAAGAUAUAUACAUAGCCGAUUCAUCUGCUAUUCCAGGAGCAUCCAUAAUCGAGUCAGACAUGUAUGCAUUCCGCACUAUCAACAUCCCUGAGACUGCCAAAAAGGGUGAAGUGCAAAUCCACUCGCGCUUUGAAUAG